AAAACAUUAUCAAAAUGAAACGAAAUAAAAUCUUCCCUUAACAUCACGCUGUAUAGGGGCGCGUCAAGGCCCUGACAAAAUUUCUUUUAUCAGUACUUCCCUAUCGCUAGCCAGAGCGACAUUGUGCACAGUUAAUAGGUAUAUCGGAUACAUAAUUAUAUUAAAACUGUGGGGGUCAUAAUUGGACCAAAUUAAAUUAAUAAUUUUCUUCUAAGCUGUAAGACUUUUUGAUAGGAAAAACGUAAAAUGUCUUUGAUAAAUGAAAGCGAUUACGAGAACAACUCCUUCUCUUUCUUCGGGCCAGUUGGUAUGGCGUUCUACGAUGACGGGAUGGUCUUAGAAGAUACCUUCACAGUCAAAAUCGCUAUCAGUGUAAUUCUUGGAAUAUACAUGACUGUGAGCGUUAUCGGGAAUGUCUGCACCCUAGUUGUGAUCGCCCAGGACCGUACCAUGCGGACUCCAACGAACUGCUACCUCGCCAACCUCGCCAUUACAGACCUACUGACUGCUCUCUUCAUUCCACUGGAUAUUUACAUUAUCUUCGUACCCGACUUCUAUCCUCUCGGAGAAGUAGGAUGCCGAAUACAUUACAUUCUCUGGGAUAUUCUGAGUAACUGCAGCCUACUCAUCAUCACGGCCUUUACGAUCGAACGGUACAUAAUAGUGAUGAAACCUUUUUUUCGUCAAAAGCUGACGUUGAAUUCUCGGGUCUUCAAAAUCGUUGGUGUUAUAUGGCUCCUAUCAUUGAGUUUUUGUAUCCCUGACGUGUUCUACAUCGACCUCUUGGAAAGAAAGGAAUACGUGUUUUGUUACUAUUCCUUGACGAAAAUUGUGAGCUACGUGGUUGCGAUUGAAGUUUUCGUAUUCUUUCUAAUACCAAUGACUACGAUUCUGAUAAUGUACAUCAAAAUAAUGAUAAAAUUGAAGACGGCACAGAAGAAGUUGCGAGGUAGUCCGGUUGUUGGGAAACAGAACAGAGACAAGGCGGCGAAAAUGAUUGCGGCCGUUGCAGCUUCAUUCUUUCUCUCAUGGACACCCUAUUGCAUAUUCCGUAUCAUGACAGUAUUCCCGAAAUUCAAAUAUGAAGACUAUUACAAUGUGUGGAAGAUUGUCAACUACCUCUGUUAUAAUGGCUACAUGUCUACAGCUGCGAACCCAAUACUUUACAGUCUAAUGUCCCGGAAAUUUCGACAAGCGUUUAAAGAUUUAUUGAAGACACCACGUGUUUUGAGCCGAAGCAGCAUAACACAAAAGACAAUGUCAACCCACGAUUCAAUAGUGUAAUAAUUGUUUAAUAAUACAAACUUUGUCUUAUUUAUAAACAUGUAAUAAACAUAUUGUAGCUAUUAUUUUAAUAUUUUUGUCUCUAUUAGAUUUAAUUAAAUAUAGCUAUAAUGGGUUUAUUCUUAUAUGUAUGAAUGAAACAACAUUUAGAGUUGUAUGUAAAAUAA